AUGUCCUGUAUUGACAUCACAGGGAAACAAAUAGAACUUGUCUGUGAAACGCAGCUAAUAAAAAUAAAAAUAAAAAACUCUGAACUAUACAUCCUGGGUAUAUAUAGGCCUCCCGCUCACCAUUAUCUCGAAAAGGCCCUUGAUAACUUGUAUAACAUACUUGACGACAUCCCUACCUGGAAAAAUCCAAUUAUCAUAACUGGAGACAUAAAUGUGGACUGCCUGGCUGACGGAGAUGACAAUAAACUUCUGAAUGAAGUUCUCAUGAGUCAUGGUAUCAUCAGGAUCCCUCUACCACGAACAAGGAUCACUGCUUAUUCAGCAACAUCAAUAGACAUAAUUGCAACAAACCUGAUGCUAUCAGAAGUUGAAACUGCAGUGCUUCACACAAGCCUAUCAGACCACACCGGUCAGAUAUGCAAAAUAAACCUGGAACUUGAUAAGGCUGUAAUGCCAAGAACAUCUCGAAGGUUUUUUAAUGCACGUAACCUGGAAAACCUCAAAAAUAUUCUAAUGUGUGAAACUUGGGAAACUGUCUUAAAUACACGAGAUGCAGACCAGGCAUACACAGAAUUCAACAAGAUUAUGAGAGAAGCAUUGGACAUAGCAUGUCCCACCGUACAGUCAAGAUCUAAGAAAAAAAAAGUCAACACAAACCAAGAACAGGAACGUGAACUGAUGAGGCUGAAAGGAGCAUAUACUGCAGCUCUUAAUAAAUCAAUCUUGAUAAGCACUGAGGAAAAUAAAAAACAAGCCAAUGAAAGAAAAAAAGAAUAUGAUCUCCGACUGAAAAAUUUUAAAAAGGAAGCUGCAAUACACUACAUUGCAAAUGCAGAGAACCAGACCAGAGCAGUCUGGCAAGUAAUAAAUAAUAACUGCUUCAGCAACAAAUCUCAAAAAAAUUAUAUAACAUCCAUUAACACAGAAGACUUAACAAUAACAGACCCUCAACAAAUUGCUGAAUACAUGAAUCACUUCUUUGCUAAUACUGCAGAACAAGCUCUGUCAAACUCCCAGCAGGCACUUUUAAAAAAACUGCCAACAAUCCAUGAGAGUGAAUUCAGGUCUUUUGAAGAGGGUUUUAGACCAACAAGUAGAAUAGAAGUACACAAAACAAUAACAUACUUGAAAUCAAAACUGUCUUCUGAAACAGAUGAGCUCCCAUCAACAGUCCUCAAACAUUGCAAAAAUGAAGUGCUAACUCCUAUAGCUGAUGUAAUAAACAAAUCUUUCCAACAAGGUGUCUUCCCCUCUCUCCUAAAAAACUCGUUAAUUUAUCCAAAGUACAAGAAAGGACCCACUUCCCUGGCCAGCAACUACAGACCUAUAUCUCUCAUCUGCACCCUAUCAAAAUUUUUUGAGAAAAUAGUACUCACAAGAUUACUCACUCAUCUAGAAAACAACAAUCUUUUAACCAGCCGGCAACAUGGCUUUAGAAAAGGCAAGUCCACCGCCACAGCCAUAACUGAACUAGUCGAGACUAUCAUUGAUGCAGCUGAAGAGGGGGCCACAACAACAGGAAUCUUACUUGACUUGUAA